AUGAACAACCCUGAAUUCCGUCAGACCCUCCACAAUCUCUCCCAUAACCUCGAAUCUGCCAACCAGACAGCCCAGGAGAAUAUCUACACCUUUACACAACAAUAUAUCGACCCCUGUCUUUCCGGACUCAAGUCCUGCGUUUACGAUUGUACCCGUCCGUGUUUCCCUGGUCGAGAGGAUAACCUGCGCCGUAAGCGCGGGAGGUCCCGUGGCCGAGCCGAGUUCAAUUUUGACUUCUACGAAGCCUGGGACGAUGAGGAGGAUCUCACGGAAGGUGCCCUUCGAUGGAGCAAUGACGAGUUGGACGGUCUCCUGGCGGGCCGAGGCCCGGGGCCUGGUCAACCGCGCAGGCAACGGGCAAUGAGUUACGGGACCCGUGGGCGACGGAACCCUCAGCCGGAUCCCAGUCAGGACCCGACCGUUAUACCCAGCUCGUCGUAUUUGGGUUUCUUGGAACGCUUUCCAUGGAAGAUUGGGACGCGCAAACUGCGUUACAAGCCUUCGGCUGCGGACUUGCAGGAGAACCCCGGAGGUCUCCGAGUCAGUGACCAUGAGACAGAGCCCCUGAUAGAAGAGCAUGAGGAGCAUGACACAAAAUGGACUAAGGGCCAUAAUCGACAGAGAAGCGACACCGCCACCUCCAGGUCGACCAUGAAUUCUCUCAGCUCUAGAGGAGAUCUAAUUAUGGGUGAUGAGGAGGAGGAUGCCGUCCCCCUUGACGACGAGUUCGCGGUCAUGUUGACGCGCCGGAUGACCAACUCAGGCUUGAUGGAAGACCAAAGCAGUGGGAAGACAAGAACAUCUGGAGGCAAGCGGCCAUCAGCGUCCCGCCGCGGGACCCGCACCCCUUCAACCAAAUCACUGGCCAGUCCCGGUGUGAUGAGCCAGCGAUCUUUGUCCCAGAAAAGUAUGGCACCCGUCUCCCCGAGCCCGCUACGAGCACAAUCCGAACCACCUACAAUGCUUGACCUUCGACAAGAAGAGGAGCAGGCUCGACAGGAGGAGGAGGAUGAAAUUAAACAGAAAAGAGAAGCCGCCUACCACCUUGCGCUGGAGCGAGGAUUGAGCUCACGAAAGGCUCAAAGUCUGAGGGAUGUGGAAGUCACGCCUGACCCUGCCAAUGCAGAACAGGACGAAAAUGUUCCAACCAAUGCAAAUGUACAGGAAGAUGAUUCAUCGAUGCCUGGGGAUGGGUCCGCAGAGACGAAUGUUUUAGCGGACCCUUUUGGGCCUACAGUUGCCAGCGACCGCACGUCUGAAGACGCGACUCAACCGCCUUGA